GGUAUAUGUAUGCUUAAAAGAAGAGUAAAAAUGUUGAUGCAAGAGGAGGGCACAUCAAUGAAUCGUUCUAAAUUUGGAUUUUUAGUUUCUGUUAUCCGCGUGCUGCUCUCUUUCACAAAGUAUAUAUUAUAUUAAAUAUAAAAUUGAAGUAAAUCGCAAUCCCACCUCUAAUUCUAUUCACAAAGCCAGCAGAAAACCCUAAUUCUGAUUUUCCUUUGAUUUGUAGUUUGUUUGGUCCACGUACCAGUACGACUCUUCAUUUUGAUUUAUGUCUAUAUAUUAAGAUUGGGUUAGUGAGGGCAAAAAUUUAAACAGAAAUUCAGAAAAGGAAUGGAAGGGGUACCACACCCAAUACCCAGAACGGUAGAAGAGGUCUUUAAUGACUUCAGGGGCAGACGCUCUGGCUUGAUUAAGGCUCUCACCACUGAUGUUGAUAAGUUCUACCAACAGUGUGAUCCCGAGAAGGAGAACUUAUGCCUUUAUGGACUUCCAAAUGAGACAUGGGAAGUUAACUUGCCUGUUGAGGAGGUGCCUCCUGAGCUUCCAGAGCCUGCACUGGGCAUAAACUUUGCUAGGGAUGGGAUGCAGGAGAAGGACUGGCUAUCGUUGGUAGCAGUUCAUAGUGAUUCGUGGUUGCUUGCUGUUGCUUUCUAUUUUGGUGCACGAUUUUCAUUUGGCAAGAAUGAGAGGAAAAGGCUUUUUCGGAUGAUAAACGAACUUCCGACCAUUUUUGAAGUCGUGACAGGCAAUGUCAAACAACCAACAGAGCAAUAUGCUAAUCACAACAGCAGUGGCAAAAGCAAAUCAAGUGCUAAAGUGUCACGUCAAUCUGAAUCGGAGAGUAAGGUGGUAAAGAUGUCUGCAUCUAAGGAUGAGGAUGAAAGUGGGGAAGAUGAGGAAGAUGAUGAACAGGGUGCGACUUGUGGGGCAUGUGGGGAUAGCUAUGGCACAGAUGAAUUCUGGAUUUGCUGUGAUAUCUGCGAGAGAUGGUUCCAUGGGAAAUGUGUGAAGAUUACACCUGCAAAAGCAGAGCAUAUCAAGCAGUAUAAAUGCCCAAGUUGCAGUAGCAAGAGGGCUAGGGUUUAAAAGUAGGGUGAGAAGUUGAAGUUGUAGCUUAAACGAAGCAGACAAGGUUGAUAGCAUUUUCAUUAUAGACAGAGUUGCCCCUUUAGUUGAUUAACUGCGGAUGGGGUUUUAAGUUUUGCUACUCUUUUGUCUUCCGCUCGAAACUGAAGCUGGCAACAUAUGCUGCACUUCUGUUUUUUGUCUUUUCGGACUUAUUACCUUGUUGUAAUUUCUUCUUUCUGCUUCGCCUUUCUUAAUUUUUAAAAUUACUUUGCA